AUAUGUGAUGACCAUUUGGAAAUCCGAGUCAGUACAGAUAACCACGCAAAGACAUCAUUCGACAAUGAAGCAACUAUCAAGUACAUCAAGUCAGACAUGUUCUGAUGAAUAGGAGGAAAUUAGGUGACCCACUGACCGAAGCUAUAUGUCAAUUGCAAGCACAUUGUUUUCGGUAGCUGAAUGUAACCUAAUCAUGAAAUACAUUAGCAGUCAGUGUGACGUAAUCAAGGUAUUAAUACUUCUGAUUCUCUGGGAAAUGUACGAAAACAAUUAUUAGAAAUGUUUGGUUUGAAUGUGCCUUUAAAAUGCGACCUAUCCGGUAACCUGAAAUCCAUGACAGAAUUUUUCAUAUUUUCACGAGUAUUUUCUAUGAAUGAAGAUGAGCUUAAUAAUCACUUGACAGAGGCUAAUUCAAAUUGUACAGCAGUGAAAUCGAAAUUAAGCGAUUUGAAAUUUAACAAAGAAAAUACCUUAGACUGCAGAGCAUUUACUUUUGUAAUAAACCGUUUAAAAUUACUGAUUGCUGCUUAUGGAACCGUUAUCUCAGAGGAUGAUCCAGAAUGGAAAGAACUAUCAUCAAUACGACAAAAUUGUGAACGUCUCAAGUGUCAAGAGGUUGCAAUUUUACGCUCCAGUAUUGAAUGUGUUCUGCCUAUGAUGGACGAUGGCAGUGACAAUAAAAAAGAACAACAGUAACAUAAGAGCCACAAAUGGAAUGUAUUCUCCAGCAUUAUUUCGAUCAAUAAAUAGCACGGGAACUGUUUAACCCUCAGUACAACGUCACCUUGUGUUCAUAUCACACACACCCUUGUUGUUUUUUUGCCAUAUAACCCAUGACACAAUAACAGAAAUUGCUCUAUUAUGUAUUUAUUCCUUUUUUGUUCACUGUUCCACCUUCCCAUGUGUUGUUUCCUAUACAAAAUUGUUUGUUAUGAGUUUUGUAAUUAGAAAAAAACAAUAAUAAAUGCAUUCUACUUACCUACAUGCUUUUUUUCCACUCGUUUGUUUUUGGAAUCAUGGCAAGCAGAAAUAGGUGAGUGUGCAAAUAUGAACAAUCGCUUUUCAACUCUGUGGUGGUUUGUCUGACCUUUUAUGUUGUGUUGGUCUGGUAUUCUCAUUGAUGUCCUUUAUUUUGUUUUUAUACUGGUAGUGAAUACUUACUUACCCUACUUGUUUGUGCCUUUUUUUCACCACCGCGGUGCAUUUCUCUCACUCUGUUAGUUUAUCCUACUUCUCAUCCUCCUCCUAACGCCUUUUUAAUUCGCUGUUCCCCAUACCACCCAUUCACCCACCUAAUCCUCUAAAUAUUUUCUUCCCCUUCUUUUUCGCUGAUAUCAUCACCAUUGAAAUUGAAUAACAAUCAGGAAAAAGAAAUUCAGUUUUUGAUCUUAUUAAAAGAAAUGUGAAUUGAUUGAAUAUAUGCCUUAAAAUAUCUCCAUUUAUUGUAUAUGUAUGUAUGUCAACUUUAGCAAUAAAGUGUAAAUACAACUAUCCUACUUAUUGGUUAGUUUGACUUUUCAAUAGUUACUUCAUAUAUGUACAAAAACAGUUUCCUUUUUAAAUAUUGUUUGCCCUUUCACUCCUUUGCGUU